AUGGGAAUAUUUAGAUCUCACCCUCUGUGUCUCUCGACUAGCGCUACUCGAAACGCCUCAAACCGCGCUGUGGUCUUCACUGAGAACGGCAAUCCUGCCGAAGUCCUGAGAGUCCAAUCCUACGACCCUCCUCCCCAGCCACCUUCGGACUCUGUUCAUGUCCGCUUUCGCCUCUCUCCAAUCAACCCUUCGGACAUCAAUGUCGUCCAAGGUGUAUACCCCGCCAAACCGAUGCAGAUGCAGCUCUCUGGCGAGGACGUCUUCGUCGGCGGCAAUGAAGGCCUUGCUGAGGUCACAGACAUCGGGAGCGGUGUCAAGGGCCUCGAGAAGGGAGACUGGGUCGUGUCUGCGAAGGCGCAGGUUGGCUCGUGGUCAUCUUCGCGUGUCCUUCGCGCGGAAGAUGUAAUCAAGCUUCCCGCAGGGGAGCUGAGCGAAGUGAAUGCCGCGACUAUCACCGCAAGUACCGCGUCCGUAAACCCGGCAACAGCAUAUAACAUGCUGCGAGAUUUCGUAGAUCUGAAAGAGGGCGAUUGGGUACUCCAGAACGGCGGUAACAGUGCGGUUGGCCAGGCAGUCAUCCAAAUAGCUGCACGUAUGGGCAUCAAGACAAUUAACUUCGUCCGCAACAGGCCCGACUUCGAUGGCCUCAUUUCCCAGCUUACACAACUGGGCGCAACGCACGUCUUCAAAUACGACGCGCUCUCGGACAAGUCGCUCGCAAAACACGUCAAACAAUGGACCUCUAACAGCCCGAUUCGAUUGAUGCUCAACUGCGUCGGGGGCCCAGACACGACGGCCAUGACACGCCUGCUCGGCGAUAACGCGCACCUCGUCUCUUACGGCGCGAUGUCGAAGAAACCGCUCUCGCUCCCCACAUCGGCGUUCAUCUUCAAGAACCUCAGCGCACAGGGGUUCUGGCAGAGCCGCUGGUAUAAUCAACACACCCGGCAGGAGCGCGAAGCCUUGAUGAAGACGCUUGCAGGCUUCAAGCUGAAAGAACCUGAGCAUGAAAUACUAGAUCUCUCUGGGGAGCCCAGCGACGAGGCCGCGACCCAGAAGCUGCGCGAAGUUCUUACCAGAAUGGAGCAAGGAUUUGGCAAGAAAGUGCUGUUGCGCUUAUAA